AUGAACUUCUUCCCAGACGCCAUUGUGAACCGGAAUGCCACCCAUUCUGUGGCAUCUGGCAGAACUGGUCAACCACCCUCGCUCAUUGCUUCCCUUCUAGCUAACGCAGAUUGGAAAUUCCUAGGUGCAUUGUUCAUUUUUGUAUACGUCGUCCAGGCCAUAUACUAUUGUUGGUUUCAUCAACUAUGCCAAGUUCCGGGGCCAUUCCUGGCACGUUUCAGUCAGGCCUGGAGAAAUAUUCGCUAUUUCAAAGGUACCUGGUUACGGGAUGUGACUGAACUCCACGAGAAAUAUGGAAAUGUCGUCAGGAUUGCGCCGAAUGAAGUCAGUUUCGUUGAUCGAGAUGCUCUUCGCGCACUCUAUGGUCACGGUAAAGUGUCCCAGAAGCACCCCAAGUUGAUUAACAGGCUUCUCUAUCGUAGGUACGUGCCGAAUAUGCAGAUCUCGUUCUUUGCUGCCACGGAUAUCAAACUUCAUCGGCAUCUUCGAAGCCGUGUCACGGCUGCUUACUCCAUGUCCUCCAUGUUGUCCAUGGAAAGCCUAAUCCAAGAUGUGGCCAACCAAGGUUGGGCGAAGUUCAGAGAGCUCGUGGCUAGGGGUCAGCCUAUUGAACUCGAUAAAUGGGUGAACUACUUCACCUUUGAUGUUGUCGGUACACUCGCACUGGGCGGGCCUCUCGGUAUGAUUCAGCAAGAGAAGGACGUCGAUGGCAUCAUCGGUAGUAUACAUGAUGGAUUCUGGCUGAUGGCUAACAUGGGGAACAUGCCUCUCCAGAUGUUCUGGUUCAACAAUCCAGUCGCUCAAUGGCUCAUCAAAAAAGUGGGUGGGAAAAGAUUGAAUGCUUUCAGCGUGUUUCUCGACUGGCUUGAGGUCAGGGUGGAUAGCCGCAUGAAGAACGGUUUAGGAGGCCAACGUCGAGACUUGCUUCAGCACUUCAUUGAUGCAAAGGAUCAAUCCGGGAACCCGGUCAAGAAAGGAGAUGUCAUGAUCGAAGGCGUCAAUAUCUUGGGGGCCGGAGCCGACACCACUACCGUAGCGAUUCUAGCCGUACUUGGUGCGGUGCUGCAAAAUCCGAGUCACAAGCAGCGUCUCAUGGCAGAAAUCGACCAGGCAUACAAAGACCUAGGUCUCACAGACAAAGAGGAGAUCAGCUUCAAAGAUUGCGAGAACCUACCCUUUUUGUCCGCCGUCGUCAAAGAAAGCAUGCGGCUGCACCCUUCGAUUACAUAUCAGCUUCCUCGAGUGCUCCCUGCAGAGGGUUUGCAAGUUGGAAAGUAUCAUUUUGAUCAGAAUGUAGUCUGCGGGAUUAGUGCAGCUUCGAUGAACAGAUCGGUGGAUAUUUUCGGCCCUAACGCGAGUCGGUGGGUACCCGAGCGAUGGAUUGCCGAAUCAGAGGCCGACAAGGGUCGUAUCGGUGGUAUGAAUCGGGACUUGACCACGUUUGGAAUGGGAAGUAGGAGUUGCAUCGGUCGCAAUCUAGCACUCAUCGAAGUGCACAAAUACAUUGCACAAUUUUUCCGCCACUUCGACGCAGAGAUUGUCAACAAGGACCACCCAUGGGUGACGAAAUCACAGUGGUUUGCAAUUCAGAGGAAAUUCUGGGUAGUCCUCAAAGAACGACAACAUUGA